AUGAAGCUGAAACAGGUUUGUGGUUUUGCUGUCAGAGACAAAGGUUUCAGUCGACACAAACGACAGGAUGUCUCGGUGUCCCAGAGGUCUUCCAGGUCCAGCUGCAGCGUGAGAAACCCUCCAAUCGGAGCAGUCCAGUACAUAAAAGGCUGGGUUCAUUGUGAGGACAGAGGAACCACUCUGAGUGGGGAACAGGACCGCCAGACCAAAGCUCAGAGGAUCCAUCAGAGACCAGACACUCCUGAACCAGAACCCAGCUGUGUAUCCAUGAAGAGUGACCGGUCUAAGGAUUGGCCUGUAGCCUUCAAAGAUGGACGUCACUCUGUUGAUCAAAGAGUGGACCAGGAGAGCUCAGAGGUUCCCAGUGGCCUGUCUGCCCAGCAGCAUCAAACACACCUGGACUCCACAUUUAUGCUGCUGGAGGAGAACAUCGUCACUUUUGUGAAGAACGAGUUGAAGAAGAUCCAGAAGGUUCUGAGUACAGAUUACCCAGAACGCUUAGAGAGUCAGAGGAAGGAUGAGGAUGAAGAGCAGAGGAACAGCAGAGAGGCAUUUCUGAAGAUCACACUGCACUUCCUGAGGAGAAUGAAGCAGGAGGAGCUGGCUGACCGUCUGCAGAGCAGAAGUCGUUCUGGAGUUUGUAAGCAGAAACUUAAAUCUAACCUAAACAAGAAGUUCCAGUCUGUGUUUGAGGGAAUUGCUGAAGCAGGAAACCCAACCCUUCUGAAUCAAAUGUUCACAGAGAUCCACAUCACAAAGGGAGAGACUGCAGAGGUCAAUGAUGAACAUGAGGUCAGACAGAUUGAAACAGCAUCCAGGAAACCAGACAGACCAGAAACAAGAAUCAGACAAGAAGACAUCUUUAAAGCCCCACCUGGAAGAGAUGAACCAAUCAGAACAGUGAUGACGAAGGGAGUGGCUGGCAUCGGGAAAACAGUCUUAACACAGAAGUUCACUCUUGACUGGGCUGAAGACAAAGCCAACCAGGACAUUCUGUUCAUAUUUCCAUUUACUUUCAGAGAGCUGAAUGUGCUGAAAGAGAGAAAGUACAGCUUGGUGGAACUUGUUGAUUACUUCUUUAGUGAAACCAAAGAAGCAGGAAUCUGCAGGUUUGAAGAGUUCCCGGUUGUCUUCAUCUUUGACGGUCUGGAUGAGUGUCGACUUCCUCUGGACUUCAACAACACUGAGAUCCUGACCGAUGUUACAGAGUCCAACUCAGUGGGUGCGCUGCUGACAAACCUCAUCAGGGGGAAACUGCUUCCCUCUGCUCGCCUCUGGAUAACCACACGACCUGCUGCAGCCAAUCAGAUCCCUCCUGGGUGUGUUGACAUGGUGACAGAGGUCAGAGGGUUCACUGACCCACAGAAGGAGGAGUACUUCAGGAAGCGAUUCAGAGAUGAGGAGCAGGCCAGCAGAAUCAUCUCCCACAUUAAGACAUCACAAAGCCUCCACAACAUGUGCCACAUCCCAGUCUUCUGCUGGAUCACUGCUACAGUUCUGGAGGAUAUGUUGAAGACCAGAGAGGGAGGAGAGCUGCCCAAGACCCUGACUGAGAUGUACAUCCACUUCCUGGUGGUUCAGUCCAAACUGAAAAACGUCAAGUAUGACGGAGGAGCUGAGACAGAUCCACACUGGAGUCCAGAGACCAGGAAGAUGAUCAAGUCUCUGGGAAAACUGGCUUUUGAGCAGCUGCAGAAAGGCAACCUGAUCUUCUAUGAAUCAGACCUGACAGAGUGUGGCAUCGAUAUCAGAGCAGCCUCAGUGUACUCAGGAGUGUUCACACAGAUCUUUAAAGAGGAGAGAGGACUGUACCAGGACAAGGUGUUCUGCUUUAUCCAUCUGAGUGUUCAGGAGUUUCUGGCUGCUCUUCAUGUCCAUCUGACCUUCAUCAACUCUGGAGUAAAUCUGCUGGCAGAAGAACAAACAACAUCAACAGGUUUCUACCAGAGUGCUGUGGACAAAUCCUUACAGAGUCCAAAUGGACACCUGGAUUUGUUCCUCCGCUUCCUCCUGGGUCUUUCACUGCAGACCAAUCAGAGUCUCCUACGAGGUCUGCUGACACAGACAGGAAGUAGCUCAGAGACCAAUCAGAAGACAGCAAUGUACAUCAAGAAGAAGAUCAGUGAGAAUCUUUCUGCAGAGAAAAGCAUCAAUCUGUUCCACUGUCUGAAUGAACUGAAUGAUCGAUCUCUAGUAGAGGAGAUCCAACAGUCACUGAGUUCAAGAAGUCUCUCCACAGAGAAACUGUCUCCUGCUCAGUGGUCAGCUCUGGUCUUCAUCUUACUGUCAUCAGAAAAAGAUCUGGACGUGUUUGACCUGAAGAAAUACAUUGCAUCAGAGGAGGCUCUUCUGAGGCUGCUGCCAGUGGUCAAAGCCUCCAACAAAGCUCUACUGAGUGGCUGUAACCUGUUAGAGAGAAGCUGUGAACAUCUGUCCACAGUUCUCAGCUCCCAGUCCUCUAGUCUGAGAGAGCUGGACCUGAGUAACAACGUCCUGCAGGAUUCAGGAGUGAAGCUGAUCUCUGUUGGACUGAAGAGUCCACACUGCACACUGGAGACUCUCAGGCUGAGUGGCUGUAACUUGUCCGAGAGAAGCUGUGAACCUCUGUCCUCAGUUCUCAGCUCCCAGUCCUCUAGUCUGAGAGAGCUGGACCUGAGUAACAACGACCUGCAGGAUUCAGGAGGGAAGCUGAUCUCUGUUGGACUGAAGAGUCCAUACUGCACACUGGAGACUCUCAGGGUGGAGCCUGCUGGAGUCAGAUGGUUGACACCAGGUCUGAGGAAGUAUUCCUGUGAACUCACACUCGACACAAACACAGUGAACAAAGAACUCCAACUGUCUGACAACAACAGGAAGGUCACAUGUGUGAAGGAGGAUCAGUCAUAUCCUGAUCAUCCAGAGAGGUUUGACUACUAUCCUCAGCUGCUGUGUAGAGAUGUUCUGACUAGGCGCUGUUACUGGGAGGUCGAGAGGAGAGGAGAGGUUGAUAUAUCAGUGAGCUACAGACGAAUCAGGAGUAGAGGAGACAGUGAAGGCUGUAUGUUUGGAUGUAAUGAUAAGUCCUGGAGUCUGAGAUGCUCUGAUGAUGGUUACUCUGUAUGGCACAAUAACAUAAAAACAUCCAUCUCCUCCUCCUCUGUCUCUGGUAGAGUAGCAGUGUAUGUGGACUGUCCUGCUGGCUCUCUGUCCUUCUACACAGUCUCCUCCGACUCACUGAUCCACCUCUACACCUUCAACACCACAUUCACUCAACCUCUUUAUCCUGGGUUUGGGCUCUGGUCUCCUGGUUCCUCAGUGUCUCUGUGUCCUCUGUAGGACGGAGAGUCUCCUCCCGUUUCUCACUGCUGAUCAGUUGAGUCUGUACAGGAUCACACUUACAGAAAUAUGUCAGGUUAUUGUUAUAAACUAAUGAAUGAACUUUGUAUAAAU